GAGACCGAGGGAUUGAAUGGUCUCAGACAGUCGACGCCUCUGCCGAGGAACAGAAUCGACGAAUAUGAGAAAGCUCUAUCAAAGUCAGCUCAAAGGAACCCUGAAGCGCCUCUCUUCGAGGUUAUCAAGACUGUCCGAAAGCCCGACGAUAAGCGCUCACCAAUCGCGCAUUUGCCCAACGAGAUCUUGAUUCAUGCCAUUGCGCAUCUGUCGCCGAAUGAUCUUGCUGCUGUUGCACUUGUCUCUCGACGCUUCAACGAUCUCGUCACGACGCCGCACGCAUGGCAAGUAGCCUUCGCCCGUUACUUUCCGGGUCCCGCAGCCCUCGAGGAUGCAGCCAUCAACGCAAACCUAGAGGACAACGGCGAGAUUGUGCGAUCUGAGAAGAGGAGGUUCACGCGGCUCACUGCAUUGGCAUCAUGGCGGAGCGAGUACAUUCUGCGUACGAGGAUGCUGCGCUCCUUGGUCCGCGGCAAGCCCAUGCAAGACAACUCGAACCCAACACGCGCUGGUCUGGUGCAGAGCAUCCACCCAGUCGUGACCUACGACGCCAAGACGUAUACGACGAUCAAUCACAUCCACGCCUCUUUCGGCGCCGGCCUGAACAAGAAGGAGCCAAGGUUCAUACAUGGUGCUGAUGAUGUUGGCAUGGUCACUGCGAGCGAUCCUACAGUCGCGAAGGUGGAUCCAUGGGGUCAGAGCGACCCCAACUUUUACAGCCAGUUCUCAGAACGCUUUCCUGGAACUGCUGAAUGGGGCCUGGGAUCUGGUGAGGUUGUUGGGUGUCCAAAUGUCAUGGAUGUAUCACAGCCUCACGGUAUGAUCUAUGGUCAGGGCUGUCCAGAAGGUUCCUGCUACUACCGCGCCACUGACGAGAUGCGUGGUCGCUUCAUCGCUGAGUCUAUGGACUUCACGCAGCCCGAGUUUGGAAUACCGAAGCUGGGCGUUGAUGGUGGAGCUGUAUGCUGUGUCUGGAUUGCCAAGUCCAACACAAUACCCACUCUCUCAGAAGGCACCAUUGGUAUGAUGAUGGGCUCAUCGGCGGGUGUCGUUACGGCGUGCAGUCUCGGUACCGACGGUGUGAAGGCGUCGUCGCGUCUGCAAAAGGGUGAGCUCACUGCUCGAUGGAUCCUCAGCCCUGGAGUCCCAAUCGUAUCCAUUGUUGUGGACGAUAACUACUCUACGAAACGACAGACCCAGAACCGCAUCUGGGCAGUGGCUCUCAAUGCGCUUGGUGAGCUGUUCUACCUGACGAAGUUUCCAACUCGCAGCCAAGCUACUACGACCGAUAUCACGGAGCCUACUGAGUAUCUGGCUUGGCUCACUGGACGCAGUGUUUACUGGAGUCUAGUUGAGCCUAGCAGACGUGUCGCACGACCUGACCCGUACAGCGACGCUGAGGUUGACGGGAGCUAUUCUCCUCGAACAUCCUGGGAUGGCAUGUGCCUGGGGAAGCAGCAGCUUGCUGCGGAGACUAGGGAAAUCCAGCAGUAUCUGCGAAAGCCGCCGAAGGAGUUCCGAAAGGCCUGCUUGGGUUGGGACAUGCGCAGGCGUCUUGAAGUUGACUUUGCUGGCGAUGACGGCAACUAUGCAGGCGAAGCCAUGGUUGUUUUCGACUGUGGGCUUGACGAAGGCAACAAUACUGAAAUCACACGCUUUACUCGAUGGAGAUCGAACGAGAAGGACAAAAGCACCGCCACAUCAACUCGUACAGCAACGCCGCAAAUCUCCCACGCUCCAUCGUUGUUUGGCGGAGCUGGUGCUGCUACGCUAGACCCUGUUCAAGUUCCUCGGCGCAACCGCAGCUCUUCAUACAUAUCGUCCAGUAGCUCACCCGAGCGCGCUAGCCUUGUAGAAGAGUGGCGUUCUUCCAAGCUCAGCUUUGGCGGCUUCAAGAGUACUCGCCUGAACGUGACGGCACUGGACAACUCGACCUUCUCAACGCUCAUGCUGUCAGAAGAUCCUGCACUCGGAUUCUCUACAGCUUCAACAGCUUCAUCGCCAUGCGCGUCGCCUAUGUCAGUCGCAAGCCAGCCAUCGUCGCCUGCGGAUAUUCCUGGUCAGCGAGCUCGCUUCCUGGCAGCAGGUACAAAGAGCGGUGUUGUCUUGAUCUGGGACGUAAGAUCGCCUGUCUCACGUUCGUCUGAAUACCCCAACACCAUCGAGCCACUCCGGAUCAUCUACACAGACUCUCCGGAGAUUUCCUCUUUGGCAUUGACCUCACUCUACCUCGUUGCGGGUGGCAAUGAUGGUCUUGUGCAAGCGUGGGAUCCGCUUGCCUCGAGCCUGUCGCCCAUCACGACUCUCCACUCACGCCACGCUUCUCGUGCUCGAAGACGACUCGUCCAAGCGCAAGCUUCCGCUCAGGGUGUUGGCAUCAACAUGUUCGCUGCUGGUGCCGUCUUCCUUGACCCGGAUCCAACAGUCCUCCGCGGCGCUGUUUCGUUGGGCAAUCAGUUCCGUUGGUGGAGCUUCAGUUCAUUGGCGGCUGAUCAGUACAAGAGCAGCAAGCGCCGCCUGCGCCGAACUGAGCGUGGAGUCAACCAUAUAAACGAGCGCUUUGUUGGAACAGGGCGCGUCAACCUGAAGGGCUAUAUCGAGAAUGAACAGUUCGAGCUCGAGCGUGACAAGGUCCAGAGACGCAAGCAGGCCGAGCGACAAGCAGCGCGCUAUGGCACCGAACUGCUCGAGGACGAAGAUGAGGCUCUUGCGUAUGCUCUGCUGCUGUCACAGGAGAACGCAGAGGCGGAAGAGAAGAAACGUCGUGAGAGCGAGUUCAUUGAGCUUUCUCGACAAGAGACCGUCAAGCCGACACCCAGCAGCAACAACCAGUCUUCCUCACACAAUGGUACCGGCUCGAGGGAGGAAGAGCUUGACCCUGAUAUCGCCGAAGCCAUCCGCCUUUCCCUCGCAGAAAGUAACGGUUCAGACUCCUUUCACGACGAUCUUUCCGAGCCCUCGCCCUACGACAUUCCUAUCAAGUACGCCAAGGGCAAGAAGUCUGCUUCGAGCUCACCCUGGAACACUCCAGCCAACAAGGGCAAAGCGAACGGCAGCUCGAGUAACAGCAACGAGCUCAGCGACCUGGAGUUCGCGAUGCAGUUGAGUCUUGCGGAGGAGCAGAGUAGGAAGGAGAUGGAAGAAGAUGACUUCCCGGCGCUGAGCCCGAAGCCUGGGAGUGGAAAGGGGAAGGGUAAGGCGAGGGGGUGGUAG